AUGGCUUUGCACAAGCCGAGCGCCUCCGUCACGCUCCCACGCGACUUCAAGUUCUCCCACAACGACCCAGAAAUACCACAAACGCCUGCCAGACCUUCGACUGCUGUAGACUCGUUCGAUCUCGAAGCCCCUGCGCCGCCCAAGCAGACGUUCAAGCUGCGCCGUCGCCCACGCGACCAGCAGACUGGUGCAAUGGACGAGGCCCCAAUCCUGCCCAGUAUCGAGAUGACCGAAGCAGAUGAGCCGGCUCACCACGCUUCCACCUACUUCAUGUCGACUCCAGGAUAUCUCGCGCCGCGUGCUGGACACCUACGCCUCUCAUCACCACCAAAGACUCCCGCAUCGCAAGUGACAUCUUACAGCAUUGAAACUACGGAUGCCACGGAAUGGUCAAUGUUCCAUCCCAUGCACCUUCACGACCUUAUCGAGCGACCUUCUUCAGCUCUCUCAACCUUCUCCGACUCUUCUGCGACAUCCCAUGGAAGCAGCUUUGACUCAAAAUCCUCAUUCGAGGCUGGCAGCUGCACUAGCCCCGAAAGCGACAUUGGCGAUCCAUUCGCCUUCUUCGAACGCAAAUCUGGAGCACCAGAAUCAGUCACCCCAUCCAGUGGAUUCCCCACUGCCAAGCGUGUCAAGACGACCCGCCAGCAUCACUUCACACCCGAGAUGGAAGACCACCUCUGGUUCACAUACAUGACCUACGUUCAGGACCCGAGGGUCACUCCAUUCAAGAUGCUACCUGGCACCUCACCACCUCUGGGCGUCUGUCAUCGUGUUGCUCGAGAGGCAAAGGCAACCUGGAAGGCAAACCGUCUGUCGUGUGCCCCUCAUGGCAUCCCCCGCAUUUCCAUCCAGUGUGCAGACUCGUCUGAUCCCAUCAGCUCAUCCGAUGCUAUGGAUCAGUCCACCCCUACUGCUGCGUAUUCGCACAACCCCGUCGCACUUAAGUGGCCGCGUUCGGAGGGUGCUACGCGUCGUCUUCUACGCGACUUGUGCAAGCGCAAGCCAUCUCUUUCUGCUCAUUACAUGAGACUUCUCCGCACUCGUAGUCCUUCUCCCUUCGAAUCUUCGAGCAGUGUCAGUGCCAGCAGCAGCCCCAACCAGCCACCUGCUCCCGUCGCUCAGGCCCCUACUCCUGAGCCUUCGUCCUUCUCUAGUCGCAGUAUGAAUGUUUCGCUAGCUGAGGCAACUGCUCCUUCCAUGCAACCAGAUGGUCCGCUCGCCCAGCUUCACAAGCGCACUCAUCAGCCUCCAAUGGCGCCCCAGCAGCGUCGCGGCUCAGACUGGUACGCUCGCAUCGGUCGCUCUGGAGCACGUGCUGCUCAUCAGAAGAGUCAGUCCUUGCAGCUCGGUCUAGGCCUGGGCUCUUCGUCUGGCAUGCAGUCGAACUCUUUCAAUCGUGGCAGCAUAUUAGCCUCACCGUUCGAUGACAGCGAAGAAUCGCGUCAAAACUUCCUAGAGAACAUGAGCAAGACACAGUCUCUCGGACGUGCCUUCCUGAACACCAACAACAACCGCUUGACAGACGCUGCGCCUUCUCUGCGUUCUCCGUUCCCACUCGACGGUCCGAUGCCAAGUGUCAAGUCCUUGAAGCGCAGAUUCGGUGUUGACGAUCAAUCGGUUUCUCAGCAGCCAUCUUUGGAGGAUGUGUUCACUGCACCUCCGACAGCGUCUGACAACCCAAUGCGCAACCGUGGUUUCAGCUUAAGCGCCGUCAACGGUAUGGCUCGGAACCCCAACAACAAUUUCCCUCAACUGUUCCCGCAGGCUUUGUCGAGUGUCAAUCACAAGAUGGGCGAAGCUUCGGACAGAUUGGACCUACCAAAGCUUGCACAACCUCCCAGACUCGGCUCUCCAUUCUCUGGUGGCCUUAUUCUUUUACUGUCAACUCUCUGA